CAUAAACAGAACAGUACCAAGUCACAAGAACACAAAACAAGACUAAAAAUGUGGUAUCUAAUGCUAACAGGCCUCUUUUAUGUGCAACAAGUGGUAUCUGGAGAAGAGACAACUGUGAAAUCCGUACUAUCCACCCCAAGCAUCAAUGCAAACAGUGAUAAUCUUGGAUAUCAAAUGCUUUUGAAGAAAAUGGAUUACAUCGAAUACAAGCUGCUGGAGCUCGAAUUCGAGCUUAAGGAACAAAAUGAGCAAACCACGCAGAACCAAGCCCUCCUGGAGAAAACCCACGAGGAUAUGUCAUGGACAAUGACCAGAAUGGAGCAAGCGAUUGGUCAAAAUUUUACAUCGGUUUUGGGACAAUCCUGGAAGAUUCUACAACAGCAAGUAAGCUGCUCCAAUCACGAAGUUUUACGGAAUGAGUUGUUCAAGCUAAAACCGGUCAAAGAUCCGUCAGAUAAUGUGCGCAUGCUGCUCGAUUUACAACAUUAUAGGGCGAGUGGACCAUUUGAGUCGUGUAAGGCAGAGCCGAGUAAGAUAUCGGGAAAAUAUAUGAUUCAGCCUUCCCCUGCUGAGAAACUAUUUGUUGGAUACUGUGAGCAAACGAAAUUUGGUGGCGGUUGGUUAGCCAUUCAACACCGUUUUGACGGUUCCGUGGAGUUUUAUCGAAACUGGACGGACUAUAAAAACGGCUUUGGCGAGGUUGAUAAAGAAUUCUGGAUAGGUCUCGAACGAUUACAUAAACUGACCAAAAAUAAAAAGCAUCAUUUGCUGGUUGAGUUGGAAGAUUUCAGUGGUCAAUACAAAUAUGCAAGGUAUGCUGGAUUCGAGAUAGGCGAUUCAUCGGAGAAGUACUCUUUGAAAACUCUGGGAUCGUACAGUGGAACGGCGGGAGAUUCUUUGACUACCCACAAAGGAAAUAUGUUUACCACAAUGGAUAAUGACAAUGAUAAAUAUGUGGGGCGAGACAGCCCUGUUUUACGGCUAGAAUUAGUCAAGUUGUAG